AUGUCCCAUUUUUAUAAGCGUGCUUGGUGUACUGUUUCUCAAGUGUAUCACAACAAAAACCUGCUCCUUGAAAUUUUGAUUUGUCUUGAUUCAAAUCUUCCUGACAAAAUUUUUAAAAAGAGUGAAGAAGAUCUGGAACUAGAAGUCAAACGACGGUUGCAAAAUAACAGAUAUCUCAUAGUUUUGGAUGAUGUAUGGGAUAUUGAAGCAUGGAAAGGAUUGGAAGCCACAUUGCCAGAUAAUCGAAAUGAAAGUAGAGUGAUCCUGACAAGUCGAAAUCGCAACAUUGCUGCUCCGCUGGGUGAACUAGAUGCAGGACCUCAUUUUAUUCGUUCACUCAGGCAUGAUGAGAGUUGGGAUUUGCUAGUGGGAAAGUUAUUUCCUGGAAAAAAUUCACAUCCUCCAGAAUUAUGUGGACUUCAAGGGCAGAUCUUGGAAAUGUAUCAGGGGCUACCACUUAUAAUUAUUGUUCUUACUGGAAUUCUUGCAAAUGAGGACAAAUGUGGUUGGAAACAAAUUGUGGAAAGUUUGAGUUCAAACGUUCUCUUCUGUACAGAACAAUGUAUUGCUACACUAGAUCUGAGUUACAAGAAUUUACCAGAUCAUAUAAAGCCAUGCUUUCUGUACUUUGGAGCAUUUCCAGAAGAUUAUGAACACAAUCCUAAGAGGUUGACUUGGCUAUGGGUUGCUGAUGGAUUAGUGCAAAAAGCAGAAUCCAAUAGCUCCGAGGAUGUAGCAAAUGGUUACAUGAUGGAUCUCAUAAGCAGAAGCUUAGUCAUGGUUUCCAAACAAAGCUCCACUGGUGGGAUCAAGGCUUGUCGAAUUCAUGAUUUGGUACAUGAGUUUUGUGUGAGAAAAGCCAAAGAAGAAAAAUUUAUGCAGCUGGCAUGUGGGUAUGAUGAACUGUAUACUUUGAACAUGCAACACAAUCUACGGCGCCUAUGCAUCCACUCUGAGCCAGAGCACUUUUGCAUGUCCAGGUUGUUUGUUCCCACAAUACGUAGCCUACUAUUCUUCAGCCAUGGGAAAAGGUACAACGGACCUAUGUUCAAUAUAUCAUUCAUUUUUGGCAUCUUUAAACUUGUUAGAGUGUUAGAUUUGAGCCAGGUAGUUCUAGAUUCUACUUUUCUUGGAGAACCAAGUUUACUAGUUCUAUUGAGGUACUUGGCAGUUCUAGUUGAUUCGAAUUCCAUCGCAUCAUCCAUAGCCAGUUUCCCAAACUUGGAAACUUUUAUUGUGGUAUAA